AUCAAUAAGAGCUUUCUUGGCGCUGAAUUCACUUUGCAUAACAAGAAGAGGGUCGAUUGGUAAUGGAAGAAGUGAAAGUGAAUGGUUGUGAUGGUGGAUCAAGCUUAGAAGAUUCUAACAAAGAUUUAGCAUAUGUAACUAAGGGAUUAGAAGCAAAAGCACAAGUUAUUGUAAAUGAUGUGAUUAUCAACGAAACUGAACUCACAAAAAUCCGUCUUCUGAGAGCCUUUGUUGAAACACAAGAUCCAUCUUCUAAGGAAGAAGAUGAUUUAACGAUUACAAGAUUUCUACGUGCUCGUGAUUUAGAUGUGGAGAAGGCUUCAACAAUGUUCCUCAAAUACUUGAAAUGGAGACGUUCAUUUGUUCCAAAUGGUUCCAUAUCUAUAUCCGAGAUUCCUAAUGACCUUGCAGACGACAAGGUGUUUGUCCAAGGAUGCAACAAGAUUGGUCAACCUAUAUUUAUUGUCUUCGGUGCAAAACAUUUUCAAAAGAAAGAUGGUUUACAUGAAUUCAAAAGGUUCGUAGUCUAUCUUCUUGAUAAGCUAUGUGCCAGCAUGCCACCUGGUCAGGAGAAGUUUGUUGGUAUAAUAGAACUCAAGGGAUGGAGUUACUCAAAUAGUGAUGUGCGUGGAUACAUCAGUGCUCUCUCCAUUUUGCAGGAUUACUACCCUGAAAGAUUGGGGAAGUUGCUUAUUCUCCACGCACCAUACAUAUUUAUGAGAGUGUGGAAAAUAGUUUACCCGUUCAUUGACAACAAAACUAGGAAAAAGAUAGUAUUUGUAGAGAGCAAUAAGCUGAAAUCAACACUGCAAGAAGAAAUAGACGAAAGUCAGCUCCCUGAGAUAUACGGUGGCCAACUGCAAUUAAUCCCCAUCCAGGAUAGCUAAUUAAAUUAAUCAGCACUGACAAAUUAAGGAGAGACCAUAAGAAAUAUAUUUCAAUAUUUUAUUUUCCUGUUUGUGUUACUUUGACUGUAUCUUUUUACUCUAUGUUGUUGUAUACGGUGUCAUAUAUAAAUAAAAAGACUGGAGUUCUAUUAAACUGAUGGUUGAGUGGUAUUCCCAUGGUAAUUACCAUUGGUGUGUAAUCGGUCAUGGAAUUCUUUGCAAUCUUAGUUGAUACAUUUAUCUUAUA